UUAGUGACGCGUCGGUCAAAGCGACGUACGGAAGUAAAACCCCCACACCGCACACAACAAAGAUGGAGGGCGAUAUUUCAGAUAUGAACAGACCUCAAAUGUAUUUAUUUGGUUGUACCCUCAAAUCGGACAAACGGGAGUACAAAGUUGACGUCGACGACGAUGAAACGGAGCAACAAUUGUCCCUCAAAGCGGCUUGCCUGGGGGCUGAGGCUGAGGACAAGUUCCACAUGGUGGAAGUGGAGGCCCUAACCUACGAUGGAAAGGCCACAAAAGUACCGCUCGUUGUGCUGAAGCCAUCCGUCUUGCCGUCAAUGGGUUUAGGCGGAUUUGAGAUCACGCCGCCAGUUACAUUGCGCCUCCUGUCAGGUUCCGGCCCAGUACACAUUAGCGGGCAGCAUUUUGUCAGUGUGAGGGAUUCAGACAAUGAAGAGGAAGAACACAACACGUCGCCGGUGAAGCGCCCCGCUGGACUGAUGAUGGAGAAAAGGGUUUCACAGAAAAAGCUCAAAAUGGACUCUGAUGAAGACAGCGAUGAAGAUGAUGAUGAUGAUGAUGAAGACGACGACAGUGAUGACGUCAUGCCCCAGAAGAGCGUAAAAAAAGGCCCGGAAAUAUCAGAGAAGGCUAACAAAAGUUGGAUGAAACAAAAUGGCCCUGCGCAGAAACCAUCAGGAUCCGGCGCGAAACCACAGUCUAAGACACCUGUUCCAGGAAAAGACAAAGCGCAGGCCGGCCCGUCUAAAGCUCUGUCCUUGGCCGAGAUAAAGAGCAAGUUGUCGACGGCAGCCAAAGAGGGGAGACCGCUGCCCAAGACGGAGCAGAAGUUUGAGAACUUUGUCAAGAGUUCCUUCAAAGUCUCAGACAGACAAGUGGUCAAGGACCUGUGGGGUUUCCUGAAGACCCUGAAGAUGGAGAAGAAGUAGACGACUUCGCCACUUGAAACGCAUUUCUCCGUUUUUGCAUCCGUCGGGCAAUUUUAAAGGCACAAUCUGCAAGCUUUCCGACUUGGCCUCGUCGUAAUAGCGUACGACUCGGACGCGUGGCAACACUAUUUUGCUCGGAACACAUUUAGCAGGAGAGUGCUUUCGCCACAUGCGGAAGCCGCCCAUCUCGUCAGUCCGCACCACCUGUAGCGGAGCAAAGUGACAGCGCGGCCAGUUCAGACCUGCAGACGUGCCGCUUCCCGCAUUAAAUAAACAGCUACGCUAGCACGCGAGACACCUGCCGAGUUUACGCUUGCAGCGAGUAUAUUCGGUAGUAGGUUAUCAAGAGAAUUGACGUGGUAAAGGCUGGUUCUCGACUUGAUUUUCUGUUCAUAGCUUUUCAUCCCUUAUUUCAAUCAACACAGUAAAUACAGUGUCGAAAGUGACGAAAGAAAUCACUCCUCAAAUAACCCACCCCACAGAA